AUGGGAGCAAAUCUUGCUGAAGGUGGCAAAGUUAAGUUUACAAAGAGUCUCCAAUGUCCUUUUCAUGGGUGAAUAUUCGAUGGCUCAACUGGAAAUUGUGUCACUGGCCCUGAUAUGAAGCCAAAAGAGCUAGAUAAAUACGCUUAUACAGAAGUAGUUAAUGAUGCAGGGGUAAAAUUGCUGAUGCCCAAACUAUGUUGCAAAGAGCAAGUUAAAGUAAAGAAAUGGCAAGUAAGAGAGAUGUUUGGGUUCAUUUUUGUGUGGUAUCACGCCAUUGAAAACCUCAGAAUAGCCCCGCCAUCUUAUGAACCUCUAGAUAUUCUGAUUUUACUAAAAGAUUAUCAUAUAGAGGCCAUAGCAUAA